AUGGAAGAAGCAAAUGUGUCUGUGGUGACUGAGUUUAUUUUUCGUGGACUUUGUAAUUCAAAGGAGCUCCAGACCUUCCUCUUACUGCCAUUUUCUAUACUCUACCUGAUGACCACUGUGGGAAACUUUCUUGUCGUGCUCUUAAUCAUGACUGACUCCCGUCUCCAUUCCCCCAUGUACUUCCUCUUAGCCAAUCUCUCCUUUGUUGACUUUUGUCUUUCCUCAGUCACCACUCCUAAACUUACUACAGACUUCUUAAAGGAUAACAAGACCAUCUCUUUUGGGGGCUGCAUGAGCCAGAUCCUCUGUGUGCAUUUCUUUGGAGGAGGUGAGAUGGUGCUGCUUGUGACAAUGGCCUAUGACCGUUAUGUGGCCAUAUGCAAACCACUCCAUUACUCCAGCAUCAUGGACAGAAGAAAGUGCAUCUGGCUAGUUUUAAUAUCAUGGAUCAUUGGCUUUGGACAUGCUAUGAGUCAACUGGCUAUGAUUUUGGAUCUGCCUUUCUGUGGACCCAGAGUGGUGGACAGCUUUUUCUGUGACAUCCCUUUGGUGAUCAAACUCGCCUGCAUGGAUACUCACACUCUGGGAAUGUUGAUAAAUGCUGACAGUGGGUUCUUGGCCACAACCUGCUUCAUUCUCUUGUUGAUCUCCUACACCUAUAUCCUACUAACUGUGCGCCUUCACUCUAAGGAUGGGGCAUCAAAGGCUCUCUCCACCUGCACUUCCCACAUCACUGUGGUGGUGAUGUUCUUUGGUCCCUGCAUCUUCAUCUAUCUGUGGCCACUCAGCAUCACCUGGGUGGACAAGUUUCUUGCUGUGUUUUAUACAGUGAUCACACCUCUCCUGAACCCAGCCAUUUACACACUGAGAAAUAAAGAGAUUAGGAAUGCCAUAAAGAGACUGAUAAGCCAGCAUAUUGAUUCAACAGAUGAUUUUUAG